AUGUUGUUAAUAUUCGAUACCGAUGACUUAAUGAAACAAUUUGAAGAAGAGUAUAAUAAGACCAGACCCAUUUGCACUAUGGACGAAUUACUACUAUAUGAUACUAAGCCAAACAAAAACGGCGAUCCAAAAAGAACCAGUAACGCCUCCAUAAUUUAUUUACGAGAGUGCAGUAAGAGGUUGAAAGGCCAAGUCCCUUUCGAAGGAGGCGCGAAAACGCUUGUCAAAAUAGCAAUGGAGGAAUGGAAUCGCCUCCCCCCCUCCAAACAACGUCUAUACGAACUCGCGGCCGAUAUAGUCGAAAGGCGAUUCAAAGAAAUGUACCCGGGCUACAGGUACACGCCAUAUAGAACGAACGGUAAAAGAAAACGUGUAAGGGAUGGUCGCAGCGCAAAUAACGGAAGCAACAAAUGCAAUAACGCGAACGCAAAAAACAACUACGCUAAUAUCAGAGACAACGAAGUCGACCCAAAGCCAGACGAUUUGGCUACCAAAUCACCAGAAAUAUUCUUUUCGGACGAUACUAUUUCUCAUUUCAACAAUUGUUUCCCUUUACAAUCUCCCGAAACAAGGCCAGAACCUGUACCAACUAAUAUUAUCGCUCAAUGUAUGCAAUCAUUCGUGUUGGUAUCUCCUCCGACGCCGGAAUAUGCAUUAUCGGACGAAUUUUUGGAAUAUAUUACUCCGCCAGAACAGCAGCCAACCGUUGAGCAUGUUGAUGACGACAACGACGACGAUAUGGAUACGGAGAACGUUACUUUAUUAUACGUGCGUGAAGAACUGAAUAAUCAAUUAGACUUAUUCGAAGAAGAGUUUAAAAAUGGCUCGAGUUCGAAUACGGAUCAUUAUUCCGAUAGUAACUUGUAUCAAUUUUACUGA